GCUAAUUAAUUAAUUAAUUCUGCGUUCGACAGCUUCGUUGAAUUACAGUGGAAGGAAGAGGUUUCCUCGAGAGCUCGUUACAUUUACCUUCGCCCACGAUCGUUCGUUCCUACAAUCGGAGAACACAGUCCGACCAUUCACGGAAGAAGUUCCAUAAAAAUCAGCGCCGAUCUACUCGAUGAUCUUCCAAUCCGUAGGAUCCGAACACAGCAGUCAGAAGCAAAAGGAGAACGCGGAGAGGAGGCAGGAUGCCGAUUGAUUUUUACUACUUUGCGGCUAGUCCGCCGUGUCGUAUGGUUAUACUACUGGCGAAAGCGAUCGGGGUCCAUUUGAACUUAAAAACAGUCAACGUUCUGAAGGGGGAUCAGAUGAAGCCUGACUUUUUGAAGCUGAAUCCGCAGCAUGUGAUACCGACGAUGGACGACGGUGGAUUCAUUCUGUGCGAAAGCCGUCCAAUUAUGGGAUACUUAGUGAGCAAGUACGCGAAAAACGACGCCUUAUACCCGAAAGAUCCGAAAAUGAGAGGACUGGUGGAUCAGAUGCUGUAUUUCGACAUAGGCACGCUUAACGAAAAUAUGACUAAAUGCUACUUUCCAGUGGUGUUUUUUGGAGCACAUUCCAUAAACGAAGCAGACUUGCAAGCUGUGGAAAGAUCGUUCGAAAUACUGAACAGCUUCAUCGAUGGCCGCGAAUUCGUCGCUGGUGAUACCUUAACUAUAGCUGACAUUGCCAUUAGUACGACCAUUACCUUCCCGAUACAUAUCAAAAUGCCGAUCGAUUUUUAUCAACUUCCCGGAAGCGCGCCUUGCCGCGCCGUUGCACUGGCAGCAGCCGCCAUUGGAGUCGAAAUGAAUUUGAAGGAAGUCGUUUUGAUGAACGGCGAACACUUGAAGCCGGAAUAUUUAAAGAUGAAUCCACAACACACGAUACCAACGAUCGACGACAAUGGUUUCUAUCUGUGGGAAAGCCGAGCGAUUAUGACAUACCUGGCUGAUCAAUACGGCAAGAACGACUCCUUGUACCCGAAGGAUCCAAAGAAACGCGCGCUGGUCAAUUCGAAAUUGUAUUUCGAUGCGUGCACCUUGUACAAAGCCUUCGCCGAUUGUUACUAUCCCAUAUUCUUCGCUAAAGAACCGAAAAACCCAGCGAAGGUCAGCAGCCUCGACGCAGCCCUUUCGUUCCUCGACAAAUUCCUCGAGGGACGAGAUUAUGUCGCAGGAAAGAACAUGACUCUCGCUGAUCUGAGUAUUGUUUCCACCGUUUCUACAGUAGAGGUCGUGGGCCAUGAUAUCAAAGCGCACAAGAACAUCGCCAGGUGGUACGCGAAGAUCAAGUCAGAAGCGCCGAAGUACGACCAGAUAAACAAAGCCGGCGUGGAAGCGUUCAAAGCCUUCAUCGACGAGAUGAUGAAGAAAUGAGACGAUACGUUCGAUUAUUCGGAGAUUAC